AUGCAAGAUCAUCCGAAGCGCGCAUCCAAAAAGGAUAAAAAGAAGGAUCAGAACAAAACUCAACCUCCAAUGACUCUUACCGUCAUCAUCGAGUCCAAGUCCAAUGGCAAAGCCUCCGGGGAAACUGCUGCGGACGACGAUCCCGACGAAUGCUUGUUCCAAACCACCGUCGACCUGGAAUCGCCAGAUGUGGCUGGAGUUACCAAUGAGGUCAUCGGACAGUUUUGGUUCAAGCACUUUAACGAUAUGCUUGGCUUGAGCCCCAAACCCCCAGCUCCAGCUCCAGCUCCAGCUGUAUCUGUGAAACACUGCGUUGAGGAAACCAAUCGAGUUUUAGCCCUCGCCGAUGCCCUUGUCGUUCAGCAAAAGGAGUUGAUUUCGGAUAUGCAAGAGAUCAAUUUCAACUUGGAUGGGGCUCUCGCUCGCGAUGAGGAUUUCAAAGAUAUUCUGAACAAUCCCUACGCCGACAAGACAAUUGUCGACGCGCUCACUCGGCUUCGUUUUGGGCUUGGAUAUCUUGGGACUCAGGCUGAGGCUCUGAAGUGA